AUGGUUGAUGAAACGACCUUUGAAAGUUUGGAAUCUAAAUGGAUGAAAAUUAUAAAAUCUACACAGAUAGAUUUUGUAGUUUUGGUUGGAAUGAAAAAUGAUUUAAUUUCUGAUGAGAAAUUUCAGGGAGUGAGCGAAGAGAAAAUUAGAAAUUUCAUGAGAAGACAUCCAAGAAUUGAUCGAUUUUUUAGUUGUUCCUCCAAGUCUGAAUUGAGUGUUAACAACUUUUUUGAAUACCUUCUCAACAGAGGACCAAUUGAGCCAAGUAAUUUGACUGAAUUUGAAGUGGAGGAUUAUUUUCUAGUGGACAAGUUCUCCAAGUUAUUGAAUAAUGAGUGGAAGAGCGAUUUGAUUUUUGAAUGUGGCGUGGAGGGGAAAUUAUUUGGACAUUCUUGGAUUUUAUAUUGUUGUCCCUGUCCUUUACUGAAAAGAAUUUCAGAAGUGAUCAUUAAUUCGAAUGGUCAAUCUUUGGAUCAACGCGAAAUUAUUUCCAUUCAGCAAGAGUUUCAGAUUGACCUUAGUAUUGAAUUGGAUAGUAACAUAUCAGUAGUUCGUAUUGCUUUCGAAAAUAUUUCGAAAAAAGACCUUCUUGAUAUUUUGAAACUAGUUUACUCUGGAGAUUGGAGUGAGGGAAUUAAUUUUCAAAAUCCAUUUUCUUUCUCAGACUAUGAGGCAAUAACACACUUAAAUAAGAAUUUAUUAGAUCGUGAACAUAUCAAGAACAGUAUUAAUAAUGCCUAUUUCAAUAAUAUUAGGCAAUCUACAUUGGAAAAUUCUCAUUGGUUGGAUGUUUCGUUUAUGAUUGGGAACAAUAUUUUGAAAUCGAAUAGAAACUUUCUGUCGUGUGCUUGUGAAUAUUUUCAAAUUAUGUUUGAAGGCAAUUUUACAGAGAGUGAAUCUUGUAUUGUGGACUUGACAAAUGAUUCAGAAGGAGACGAAAAGUUUUAUUAUCAUUUCAAAUCAAUUGUGGAAUAUAUUAGUACUGGAAAGGUAGAAAUGACCGAAGAGAAUGCAAUAAGUCUUCUAACCCUAUCGAAUAAGUAUAUGAUCAGUUCAUUGAGUUCUAUAUGCGAAUUAUACAUUGCUUCAAUAGUAAAUGAAGAAUUGGAAACUCCUCUCAAAGACUGCUCUAUUGACUUGUUUACCAUUUUUGAAAUUUCAGAAACCUACCAAGCUCUACAAUUACAAAAAGUGGUUUUAUAUUCCUUUGCUUCACAUUUGAAAGAAAUUAAGAAAGACCCACAAUGGAAAACAUUUCCUUACAAGGAAUUAGUUUUAUUGAAAAAUGUCAAAUGCCUAUUACAAUGA